CUCAUUUCAAUCCAAUGCAAUUCACAGAGACUUUUCAUGGCUACAUUGAAACAACAACAGAUAUUUUGCUUUUAAUUGAAGCAUGUAGACAUGGUAUUUUGCCAGUGACAAAUCGACGAUUGUUUGAAAAAGAACGUAGUUUGAUUCAAUCAGGCACUAUUAUUGUGUUUGAUGAAUCAGCAUCAGGCAUCAAACGGUGGACAGAUGGAUUUCUCUGGAGUCCCUCCCGUAUCCUUGGCAACUUCCUUAUUUAUCGAGAAUUAAAGAACCGAGAAAGUAGAAGCACAGGCCCUCAUUGUCAUGACAAUAUACAACAUAAUCCAGACUCAGUCUUAAAAGAAAGAGCAUUGGUGGGUUCAUUAACAACAUCCAACACUAUCUAUAAUUUCAAAGAGAAUGGCUUGAUCAAAAAGACAAUUCGUAUGAUCGUCAAUGACAAACAUUUGCACAUCAUUAGUUACUACAAUAAAAACGAUGUGCUUAACCAUCGUCUGACAACGCCUUCAGCCAGUCCUCGAAUUGGCUGUCUGCCUAUCUCGCCUGAUUUAAUGCCACAUUUGUCCAAGAAUGACACAAGAAAGAGAACCAUAUCCUUUAUAAAUGAACCAAAGAAAAGAAUGUAUUCACCUUUGAUUUACUCUCAACCCAACUCGUAUUUCGGCAAUAAACUUUUAACAGAUGCAUCAACCACUGUGGACAUGUUUAGCUAUCAUCAAUAAAUAAAAAACGA